AUGAGCGGAGUGUUGGGUCCUUAAUACAUCGGUGGUCUGCCAUUCAAAAGGCAACGAACAAAUUUUGUGCUAAACUCGCACAAGUUGAAGGGUUGAAUCAAAGUGGCAUGACUGAGCAAGACAAGUUCGAGCAUUGUUGGCAGCUAUUGAAGGACCAGCCGAAAUGGAAUCAGCAUUGCACAAAGGAUGGGAUGAAGCGAAGGUUGACGAUGUCCCCGACAUAUUCUCGUACCUCAACAGUUGCACCUAAUUCACCUAUAGAUUCAGUUGGUGGUACAGAGGCCGAAAAUCUAGUGGAGAAUGAUGUCAUCAAAUUGGAUAGGCCAAUGGGAAGAAAAGCUGAGAAAGGAAAACGUAAGGCCCAAACCAGGGCAUCAGAUGAGCUUGUGGAGUUGAGCAAGCAUAAGUAUACUCUCCUAGAGGAGUCACGUGCUCAGGAGAAAGAAUUAUUUCGACUCAAGGCCGAGAAGAUGGCAUAUGAUCGAGAAAGGGAGGGAAAUAAAAGUAGACAAGAGGACGAGCGACUGAGGUUGGAGGCGGAGAAACUGGAAAUCGCCCGGUGGGAGAGAGAGGAGCUCAUAAUGUUGCUCGAUCUGAGUACGUUGCCUGGAGUUCAGCUGGUAUAUUUCCAGCAACUUCAAAGGGAGAUAUUGGCGAGACGCAAUACAUCAGAUAAUUGAUCAGAACAUUCUUUUUUGUAACUUAUUUUUUUAUUCAAUAUUCGGUAUCUUUGUAUUUUAUAAUUGGCACAUUAGUAUAACUUGUUAGACUGUUGAGAUUGAUGUUGAUGGUUUUUUUUAAGGACUUUGGCACGUUUGUUGUAUUUUAUAAUUUGUACAUUAGCAAGUAAAUAUUGAGAAGAUAGAA